AUGAAGUUCUUACAUCUUACUAGCAUUAUUGUGCUGCUAAGUCAAGCAACAUCAAUUUCUACUGCCAUACUGUUCCCAAGGUCAUCCUCAUCUAGUUCAAUGAGGCUUGCAAACCCAAUGCAAGACAUCUAUACAGCUAUCAAGAGAUAUGAAAAUAACAAAGAGGAAUGGAAAUCUCCAGAUUCAAUAGCUAGAAUGAGAGCUAGUGCUUUUGGCUUCAAAUUCCUAAUUCCCUUUCAUAUGGAUCAAACGUGGAAUCAGAACUGUCACGAAAAUUAUAUUACCUCGGGCCCAGACGGAAAACUUAACUACUGGGUUGUUAUUUCAGAUUAUGGGGCUUUAGUCCGUUCAGGACCGGUGAAUGUACCACAAUAA